UUUCGGAGUCGCUUCUGUUUUGGCAAAGAGUAGCUUUGUUAUUGAACAGUUAGCGAACGGCGUUGCGGUAAAUAAUGACAAAACUACACGUUAAAUAAACUGCCUGCUAUCGACGGACAUUUUAUUACGAACUGGAACAUGAUGGAGCUGAGCUCAGCGCUCAGUCAAGAGGGCUGGUAUCUCACGGACGAAGGAAUAGACGAGUGCAAAAGCUCUUCAGAGAAAGAGCAGGCAGUCCCCAAUGACAUCAUCAAUGUAGCAUUGAAUACUGAUCUGAGAUCUAUUGGAAAAGGUUUUUUACCUGCUGAUAUCAACAGUGGCAGAACGGAGGAGUUGAAGGGCCCGUGUGUCCUUCAGGUGCUAAAGAUACGCAAUGUCACCGCCCCGAAAGAGCACGAGGAGUCCCAGGCUGCUCCCAGAAUGCUCCGCCUCCAAAUGACAGACGGACAGACCACAUGCACAGGCCUGGAGUUUAAACAUCUGUCAAACAUUAGUCUGAACACUCCACCUGGAACCAAAGUAAAACUCCUGGGUACGGUGCUGGUGAAAAACGGUUUGUUGCUGUUGGACAAUUCCAAGAUUGCAGUUCUCGGGGGAGAGGUGGAUCAUCUGAUUGAGAAAUGGGAGCUGCAAAGGAGUCUGGCGAGGCACAGCAGGUCUAAUAUAGGGGCGGAGGGUGGCCCACCUCCAUUCGUGCCCUUCGGACAGAAAUGUGUCCGUAAGGAUGAGGUGGACAGUAAAACCCUGGACCAGAAGAAAACCCUACAGAGCAGCAAUGUUUCCAAAGCUACAAAUGAAAAUGACGAAUUUGAGAAGCAGAGGAUCGCUGCGAUCGCUGAAGUAGCCAAAAGCAAAGAGACACGGACAUUUGGCGGUGGAGGCAAUGCAGGGAGCAACCUCACCAAUCCAGGUUCUACUUACAAGAACCGAGACACGUUCCAGAGGAAAAGAGAGGAACGAGAUAACACCAGUUAUCGGACGGAGAGCAAGCCAGAGGGAGUUUAUCGAGAACUGGUGGACGAGCGGGCUCUAAGGGACUUCAUGGAGAUGGGUUUCAGUAAAGAAGCCGCCAGACAGGCACUACUGGAUAACAACAAUAACGUCGAAGCAGCACUUAACUCCCUGCUCACAGGAACCAACCAGGCCAGAGCAGCCCCCGUGGAGCCGAGUCGCCCACCACCCAGAGGCAAGGGCAGAGGGCGAGGAAGAUCCAGGCAGGAUGAUGACGAGGAUGGCGGAGCGAGACCCUCAGGGCCGAGCACGCUUUUCGACUUCCUGGAGUCGAAAAUGGGAGCAUUCUCUAUUGAUGAGACGAAGAAACAGCCACCACAGAAAGCACAGGAACAUCUGAGCAGGACAAGCGUUCAAAAUCCUGAUCACGUCCCCCGAGAAGCCUCUCAGAACAAGCCGCCUAGUCGAAAUGAGGGACGGGUGCAAAGGAACGACCGACCCCCGCGCUUCCAGAGGGACAGCGAUUUCCCCAAACCCAGCACUGCUGAUUCAUCUUUCGUACUCUCCUCACAGCCUGGAGAGAAAAGAGGGAGAGGAGGGUUAGACCAGCGGAAAGACGAAAGGCGAGAUGCAAAACCCGGAAACAUGAAUUCUGCCUCUACAGGAAACCAGAGGUCAAAAGGUCAACAGGGUCAGCCUGCGAACUUUUACCAGGGCUCUAAACGAGACCGGGGUCUGAGAGAGACGGAUCAAAUAAGUGGAUCCGAUCAAUCGAAAAAAAACCAAGCGAAUGGCCCCAAACCGUUAGAAACAGCUGUCACGGAGAGACCCGAACCCCACAGCAAGAGGAAAGGCAGGCCAGACAGACCUAACUCCGCCCACUUUGAUCGGGACGCAACAGGCAACUGGAACUCUGCCCAUGUUCCCACGAUGAAGGACCCUACCCUUAUUCACGACUUGGGGCAGACGCACUUCGCUAAAGGAGGCGGGAACUUGAACCCAAACCCGCUGCUCCAAAAUGGCAAUUCGGAGCCCAGACGUACGGGUCCCAUCAAACCACAGACUUCAGGCGCACCUCACAAGAGCAACAGCUUUUACAACUCCGCCCCCAAGAAAAGGUCUGGACCAAUCAAAGGGCACAGAGGUGCAGAGAUGGGUUAUCAAGCGGAUAGUGGUAACCAUGGAAACUGGAAAUCUGGCGACCAGUGCCUUGCACUUUACUGGGAGGACAACAAGUUCUACCGGGCUGUGAUCGACGCAGUGCAUCCCUCAGGCUCUACGGCUGUGGUCGUGUUCAGUGACUACGGCAACUGCGAGGAGGUCCUGCUUCAAAAUAUUAAACCUGUCCACAUGGACACAUGGGACGAGGAUGACAUUUACUACGAGACUUCUCUGGAAUUCCGGCGCGGAGGAGACGGCCAGCCCAGACGCACUCGACCUACGCAGCAGUAUUAUCAGCCUCCCAGAGCAAGGGACUGAUGUUUGGCCCCUUUUGGAGAGGAACAUGGUUGAUCUGAUCAUCGAGCUAAUCUCAUUUGAAAUCAUCCGAACCACACCUUAUGGAAGACGAACUCCGUCGUCUCUCUCUCUCUCUUUCUCUCUCUCUCUCUCUAUCUAUCUCUAUCCAUCUCUCUCUCUUUAUGAAAUGUAGAAGAGAGCUGAAAGGGCUUGCUGUACUAGUUCCAUCCACACACACACGUGCGUGUGUUAAUGUGGUAAUGCAAAAGUCUGCUGUACAUGUUGACGGUUUUUAUCGUACGUGGUUAUAAUAAUAAUAAUAAUAAUAAUAAUAAUUAUAAAAACAUUGC